CCUCCGAAAAAGGCGUUUUGUCCCUCUUCUUCUUCGUCCCCCGAUCUCGAUCUCUCCGGCCUAGGGUUAGGGUUUCGGCGUCGGCGAUGGCGGAGGACCUGGUUCUCGACACGGCGAUAAGAGAUUGGGUCCUCGUCCCCCUCUCCGUGGUGAUGGUCCUCAUCGGCAUCCUCCGCUACUUCGUCUCCAAGCUCAUGCGAUCCACCCAGCUCCCCGAUGCCAAGGUCGUCAAGGAAGGGCAGGUGAUUAUUAGGGCGAGGAACUUGAGGGCAGCUGCGGGUUUCAUCCCGGCAAAGGCAUUUCGGGCUCGAAGGAUUUAUUUCACCAACGAGGAGAAUGGCUUACUGCAUGUUCCAAAAGAGCAAGCGCAAAAUGCACAAGCACAAAUGUUCUCAGAUCCAAACAUGGCAAUGGACAUGAUGAAGAAGAACCUCUCGAUGAUUAUACCGCAGACUCUCACAUUUGCAUGGGUGAACUUCUUCUUCUCUGGUUUUGUCGCGGCAAAAAUACCUUUCCCUCUGACGCAAAGAUUCAGGGGAAUGCUACAAAAUGGUAUCGAUCUGAGCACUGUUGAUGUGAGCUAUGUCAGCAGUCGUUCCUGGUACUUCCUUAAUUUAUUUGGGUUGAGGGGCCUAUUCAGCCUUAUCCUUGGUGAAGAAAAUGCCGUGGAUGACACCCAGAAAAUGAUGCAAAUGGGUGGAUUUGGUUUCGAUGCGUCAAGGAGCUUGGCCGCGGAAAAGGACAGCCUCGAUAUCAUUCAGCAUGAAUGGACGCUUCCGAAGAUGGAGCAGCGCGCGGAAGAAGUGUUGAGAAAGCUAGUUAAGUAAAACAAAAUUCCGCACCACCUGCAUAAGACCCAAUCUGAGCUUAACUCCUGUUUUGAACAUCAGAUGAAGGAUUUUUUUUUAAUCUUUUUGUUGAUGAUUAAUGUUUACUAGUUUUUGUACUUCCGUUGGGCUUGAUAAGCUAGAAACUUAGAUACAAAGAACAGUUUUCCAGAUCAAGUUCUUCGUCGUGCAGAGAGAGUAAUUGCUUGUCUUUUCUCUAAUGUAUGGAUAUUUCUUACGUUGUUUCGCAGUAGAUAUUUUCUUCUCGAAA